AUGACAACACCAUUACAAGACUGGGAUGAUCUUCAUCUAAGUAACUAUCAGUGGGUGUCUCAAUUAAUUGAUUCUGAUUCUGCUCAAUGGAAUGUUUCUCUACUACGACAACUGUUUACUCCUAAUCAGAUCUUCAUGUGGAAGACUCUUCAUAAUGCAAUUCCGGUGAAAGUAAGAAUUUUUAAACAUGAUAAUUCUGAAAAUCAACUCUCUGUUCUGUGUAAUACUCAACAGCCUGAAGAUGUGGAUCAUCUAUUUCUGCACUUUCCGUUUGCUCAAGCCAUUUGGAGAUAUUUUUUUCCUCAACAUUAUACUUCAAUAGUGCAGCAUUCAACUGUUCUUUCCUGGAUUCAAACGUGGCAGUCUAAGGACUCGUACAUUAAUAUUUUCAACACUGCUGAUCAAAUCCAUGUUACACUCUGCAUCAUUCAUCAUAUUUGGAAACUUAGAUGUAGGGUCAUUUUCAGUAGUACUAAUCUUAAUCGUAACACUGUCAUUCAUCAUGUUAACUCAUACAUUGCAUUUCAUCACCUUGGUAACCCAUCUGUUAACUCUAUGAGCAUUAAUAGGUCUAUUUGUGUGCUUAACCUGCCUUGGAAACCUCCUCCACCAGGACAUUUAAAAAUAAACAUUGAUGCUUCUUUUAAUAAAGUUUCUCUCCUUGAUGGUAUUGGAAUUAUAACAAGGAAUCAUGCAGGACUCUAUGUGAUGGGAAAAUGA